AUGACAGCGGGGGGCGCCUCCUCCUCCUCCUUCUCCUCCUCCUGCUCCUCCUUAACAUCCUCCAUCGCCGCCAUCGAUGGGACUGACUUCUCUCCUGCCAUGCUCGCCAUGGCCAGUAAGACUGGAGUCUACCGCAACCUGAUCCGUGGCGAUCUCACGACUCGGAUCCAUGUGGUGGCGGAUGCCGUGUAUGAUGUCGUGGUCUGCGUGGGCACAUUUACCAUCGGCCAUGUUGGCUCGCACCCGGCGCUGAGGGAGUUUUUCUGCGUCACUAGGCUAGGUGGCGACGUCGCCGCAACGAUUCUGGAGGAGGUCUGGGUUUCCGGAGGCUUCCAAGAGGAGGUUGAAGCGUUGGCCGCCGAGGGCCAGGUGGCUGUGGUCUUCCGGGAGCUAAUCGACUACGUCAAGGGCCAUUCUGAUAAAGCUAUGCUGGUGAUCCUGAAGAUGACCACCUGCGACUGAUGAUGUGCGGGCUUGUACAGAUCAGAACAUGGAAGCCAACAGAGAGACACCCGAAGGUUGUUGUGAAGCUCGCCCUUUUGCAUAGUACUCAGGAGUUAAGAGUGUGCUAGGAACAGUGAACCAUAUAUCAUAAAUCAAUGGCUGAAAUAGUAGGUAG